GAGGAAAGCUGCUUCGACCGGAAGGACGCCCCCUUCCGUCCGAGAGUGAACCCAUAAGACUGACACCGACACCUCUUGAUAUGGAGAUACACUAAUGUAAUAGGCAGAAAGGAACACUGGCUUGCACCCCGUCGGUUCCAGGUGGCCUUAUUUGGGCGACUCGGUCCUGACCUUAUUUCUGUGAUGGAGGAUUCAGGCAUCCAGAGAGGCAUCUGGGAUGGAGAUGCCAAGGCUGUCCAACAGUGUCUGACAGACAUUUUUACCAGUGUAUAUACAACCUGCGACAUCCCAGAGAACGCCAUAUUCGGUCCCUGUGUUCUGAGCCAUACUUCCCUGUAUGACAGCAUAGCCUUCGUAGCCCUCAAGUCCACGGACAAGAGAACAGUACCUUACAUCUUCCGGGUAGACACUUCGGCGGCAAAUGGUUCCUCAGAAGGUCUCAUGUGGCUGCGGCUGGUCCAAUCAGCCCGAGAUAAGGAAGAACAGAAUCUCGAAGCUUAUAUAAAAAACGGACAGCUGUUCUACCGCUCUCUCCGCAGGAUUGCCAAAGAUGAAGAGUUACUAGUUUGGUACGGGAAAGAACUGACUGAGUUGCUCUUGCUCUGCCCUUCUAGAGCUCACAAAAUGAACGCAGGGUCAUCUGCUUACACAUGCCUGGAAUGCAGCCAACGUUUCCAGUUUGAGUUCCCCUAUGUGGCACAUCUGCGAUUCCGCUGCCCCAAGAGACUUCACAGCACUGAUGCGAAUCCCCAAGACGAGCAAGGGGGCGGCUUGGGCACUAAGGACCACGGCGGUGGCGGUAGUGGUAAAGAGCAACAGCAGCAGCAACAGCAGCAGCAACAGGAGGCGCCGUUGAUCCCGGGCCCGAAGUUCUGCAAAGCCGGCCCCAUACACCACUACCCCGCGUCAUCCCCGGAGGCGAGCAACCCGCCGGGCUCCGCGGGUGCCGGCAGCGCCAAGCCGUCCACGGACUUCCACAACCUGGCUCGGGAACUGGAAAACUCCCGGGGAAGCAGCAGUUGCGUAGCGGCCCCGGGCGUCGGCAGUGGCGGCAGCGGCCACCAGGAGGCGGAGCUGAGUCCCGACGGCGUCGCCACCGGCGGCUGCAAAGGCAAGAGGCGGUUCCCGGAGGAGACGGCUGCGGAGGGCGGCGGCGCCGGGCUGGCCGGCGGCCGUGCGCGCUUCUCCGAGAGGCCGCUGGCGACCUCCAAGGAGGAGUUGGUGUGCACGCCGCAGCAGUACCGCGCCGCCGGCAGCUACUUCGGCCUGGAGGAGAACGGCCGGCUCUUCGCGCCGCCCAGCCCGGAGACCGGCGAGGCGAAGCGCAGCGCCUUCGUGGAGGUGAAGAAGGCGGGCCGCGCGGUGGGCUUGCAGGAGGAGGCGGCGGCGACAGACGGCGCAGGGGGCGCGGCCGAGGACCCCGAUGCGGGAGGCGGUGUCGCCGGCGGCGGCAGCAACGGCUCGUCCACCCCCGCGGCGGGGUCGCCAGGGGCCCCCGAGAAGCUGCUGGCCCCGCGUCCCGGAGGCGCUCUUCCCGGACGGCUGGAGGGCGGGAGUCCCGCGCGCGGCAGCGCCUUCACCUCGGUGUCGCAGCUGGGCGGCGGUGGCGGCGCGGGGACCGCGGGGACUGCGGGGGGCUCGGGGAGCGGCCAAACGGCCGCAGCGGACGAGCGGAAGAGCGCCUUCUCGCAGCCCGCGCGCUCCUUCUCGCAGCUGUCCCCUUUGGUCCUCGGCCAGAAGCUGGGCGCUCUCGAGCCGUGUCACCCGGGAGACGGCGUGGGUCCCACCAGACUCUACCCGGCCGCCGCCGAUCCGCUGGCUGUGAAGCUGCAGGGGGCAGCGGACCUGAACGGAGCCUGCGGGCCCCUGGCGAGCGGCGGCGGCGGUGGCUUGCCCAAGCAGAGCCCCUUCCUCUACGCCACCGCCUUCUGGCCCAAGAGCUCGGCUGCGGCGGCAGCGGCGGCGGCGGCCGCUGCAGGGCCCUUGCAGCUGCAACUGCCCUCCGCGCUCACCCUGCUGCCGCCCUCCUUCACUUCGCUGUGUCUGCCCGCGCAGAACUGGUGCGCCAAGUGCAACGCCUCCUUCCGCAUGACCUCCGACCUGGUGUACCACAUGCGGUCUCACCACAAAAAGGAGUAUGCCAUGGAGCCCCUGGUGAAACGGCGGCGGGAGGAGAAACUCAAGUGCCCCAUUUGCAACGAGUCCUUCAGGGAGCGUCACCACCUGUCCCGGCACAUGACCUCGCAUAAUUAAUUGUUGCGUAAAAGACUCCGACUUUCCACGCGUGUGCACGCACAGUCAAGCCACCUGCAGGAGCAGACACGCGAGGACGACAUCCACCACUACCUUACGCCCCCAAACACUGCAACCAAACACGUGCACACACAGGUCCCUUCCCUCGCCAGGAGCCUCAUCAUCCAAAUGUUUAAUUUCACACACACACACACACACACAGACGCACGCACACGAUGCACAGGAUGGUGGAUUUUGGAUUGGGUGGGUUGUUUGAGCGGGGUUUUCUUUUGAAUGCACGAAUUUUCACUUUCCCAAAAACAAAAGUACAUUUUUUAAAAAAUGUCAUAUAUUGCAACAUAUUGAUGCAUUUGUCAUACGUUUCUACUUAAAUUAUUAAGCACUUAUGGUUUAGAUGUAAUAAUUAUAUGUAAGGACAAAGUUUAUUUUAGAUAUAAAGUAAUGGAGGAAGAGGAGAUUCGUAAGAGGAGAUGCGUUCUGCAUUUCCUGAUGACAGCUGUGUUCUUACAAAAAUAAACAAAAUGGAUAAAAAGGGGGGCACCAUUCGGUUUAAGUUUCCAGGGGGAAGUGCAUGUAUCAUGAAAUGAUUAUGGACUUCAGUGAAGAAUGUCAUCAACAAUGUAAAUAUGUAUUCCCUUUUAAUACAAAGUGUAAUUUUGUGCCAGUGACAUGGAGUCUGAAUAGUUAUGUGUUUCUUUUAUCCCUAAAAGAUUUAUUAAACGUUAUAGUUUA